UUGUUCACGUUUAAAUAGCUAAUUUUAUGUUAAGAUUUUUUUUAAAUUAUCAUCUUCCUGUGUGUGAACCCCAGCUCUGUCACUUACUAGCCGAGUAACCUGGGAAAAGCAACUUAACCUUGCUCAGCCUCCACUUCCCCAUCUGUAACAUGGGUCUGCUAACAGUUCCUUCUCAGGUGUGGGAGGAGUGGGAAAGGCACAUGGGGCACUUGGAACAGGGCCCGGCAGGUAGAGAGAACUCCAGGCAGUCGUGCGUAAUUACUUUCCCCUUCAUUAAGUACCCUCCACUUACACUGUGUUCUCUGGAACGGUGUCUUGCUGAAUAACACCCUGAUCCCUGGGUGCUCCAAAAAACAGAUCCCUUCAAUCUGUCUCAAGAACACCACCAUGUGGUCUGACUCCUUCUUGUCCCUGCCUAGUGCUGGUGUGGGCCGCACGGGCACCCUCAUUGCCUUGGACGUCCUGCUGCGGCAGCUGGAAUGUGAGGGUUUCGUGGGGCUCUUCAGCUACGUGAAGAAGAUGCGGGAAAGCCGGCCGCUGAUGGUGCAGACUGAGGCCCAGUAUGUGUUCCUGCACCAGUGCAUCCUGCGGUUUCUCCAGCAGUCAUCCCUAGCACCAGCCAAGGAAGAGGCCAUAUAUGAGAACCUGGUCUUUGAGAAUAUGACCGCCACCCAGGCCCACUAGGAGAAGCUAAGCGUUGGGGCACUGAGACCCCAGCACAGUUAGACUUGAACUCUGGAUCCAGACUUCAGCCCAGGUUCCUGGACCCCUGGGGGAGCAGAGUGCUGGGGCCCCAGAUUCCUGGGUCCUGCAAGAGGAGGCGCUGACUAGACUGUUUUCCUCGGGGAGAGAGGUCAGGUGGGAGCCAGGAUCCUCGUUCUUUGAAGGCAGGGAGGGGGUGGGGGCUAGGAUGUCCUAGUUCUUGGCAGGAGGAGGAUGCUAGGGGUCCUGGCUGCAGGGUCAUGAAAACAAGCUGGGUUCUAAAGAAGGAAUGAGGGCCUGGGAUUCUGGCUACCCAAGUAGCAAGGGCAGGCAGAAUCCUGGCCAUCUUUUAUUCCAAAAUCCAAAUCAGUCUUCUAGGCCUCAGGUUUCCCAGCACACACUGCCUGUACAUAUUUUUUCUUCUAUCCCAUAAUUUAUUAAAUCGUUCUCCCUAGACACUUGCCCCAGUGGAUUUCUGGGUCUGGAAAUAAUAUUGGGGUGGGUUGCUGGAGAUGGAAUAUUUAGGUACUGAGGCAAAUGUCCUAGGGAGGAAACUAGAAGGGUCCACAAUUUUGCACCUGAAAAUUGUAGCUUUGGAUGGAGUCUCCCAGAGAAGGUUAGAGGUACAGAGUUCCGUGUCCAGAGUCUGGGCAGUGUGGAUGUGGUUCUAUGGAGUGAGGAACAUGGGGGCUUGCCAACUGGGCCUGGCGAUAGGGGAACUUAGAGGGUGGGGUGAUGUCUGCAGCUGAUAUGCUGGAGACUUUCACACGGAGUCCCUCGUCUGGAUAUCUGAAUACUUGGGUCUCCGAAGAGGGUCUCCUGUGUCCUAGGACCAUCCUGACACUCGGUUCUUUGGGCAGUACAGGAAGUGGGGAGGUGGGGGGCUGGAUGCCAAAUGGCUGGAUUAGAAGGCAGAAAAUCCUGGGAGACCAGGAUGAAUAUCUGUGGGCGUUCUGGUGGUUCCUGGCUGCGGGCAGGACGAGGGGCGGGGUGGGUCUCUCCACUCACCCGGGACCGAUCACGCACGCGCGCGCGCGCGCCCGGCUCC